AUGGCCACGGGGGGGACAACCAGCCCCCCCAGGGUCCCUCGUUACACCAACCGCCUGAUUAACGAGAAGUCCCCCUACCUCCUGCAGCACGCUCACAACCCCGUGGAUUGGUACCCUUGGGGUCAGGAAGCCUUUGAUAAAGCAAAGAAAGAAAACAAGCUGAUAUUCCUGUCAGUUGGCUAUUCCACCUGCCACUGGUGCCAUGUGAUGGAGGAGGAGUCCUUCAAGAACAAGGAGAUUGGGGAGAUUAUGAACAAGAACUUUGUGUGCAUCAAAGUGGAUCGUGAGGAGCGGCCAGAUGUGGACAAAGUGUACAUGACCUUCGUGCAGGCAACCAGUGGUGGUGGUGGCUGGCCGAUGAGUGUCUGGCUGACUCCAGACCUCAAGCCCUUUGUAGGAGGGACAUACUUCCCUCCUGAAGAUGGAGUUCAUCGUGUUGGCUUUCGGACUGUGCUGCUCCGAAUUGCAGAGCAGUGGAAGGAGAACAGAGAUGCCCUGUUGAAGAAGAGCCAGAAGAUCCUGGAAGCAUUGCUACUCAGCUCUGAGAUCUGUGUGCGGGGCCAGGAGUCAGCCCCGCCAUCCAAAGAGGUGAUGGCCACCUGUUUCCAGCAGCUCUCCAACUCCUAUGAUGAGGACUACGGUGGCUUUUCCAAAUCCCCCAAGUUCCCCACCCCAGUGAAUUUGAAUUUCCUCUUCACGUACUGGGCCCUGCACCGAACAACUCCAGAAGGUGCCCAGGCACUGCGGAUGGCUCUGCAUACUCUCAAGAUGAUGGCCCAUGGGGGCAUCCAUGACCACAUCGGUCAGGGAUUUCACCGCUACUCCACCGACCAGUACUGGCACGUCCCUCACUUUGAGAAGAUGCUGUAUGACCAGGGGCAGCUGGCAGCUACGUACAGCAGAGCCUUUCAGAUCUCUGGCGAUGAAUUCUUUGCUGAUGUUGCCCAAGACAUUCUACUCUAUGUCUCACGGGACCUGAGUGACCAGGCAGGAGGUUUCUACAGCGCAGAAGAUGCAGAUUCCUACCCGACCACCGCAUCCGGAGAGAAGCGAGAAGGAGCUUUUUGUGUGUGGGAGGCUGAGGAAAUCCGGGCUCUCCUUCCUGACCCUGUCGAGGGGAACACAGAGGCGACGACCCUGGGAGAUGUCUUCAUACACCACUAUGGUGUGAAGGAGACCGGCAAUGUGAGCCCCAUGCAGGACCCCCAUCAGGAGCUGAAGGGCAAGAACGUCCUU